UGCUGCCCAGGUGCAGGUAUCCAGUGAGUAGGUCAAUGCAUGUAGCUGCUGCCGAGUCUCUCGCCGGCUCCCUGCUCUCCCACAGGAACCGAUAUCUGAGAUGCUUCCAUUAACUGGGAAAACAAUAAUAUUUGAUAAUUUUCCUGAUCCUUCAGAAACAUGGGAAAUAAUUGAGACUAUUGGCAAAGGAACAUAUGGCAAAGUUUUUAAGGUGUUGAACAAAAAAAAUGGCAGCAAAGCAGCAGUCAAAAUCUUGGACCCAGUUCACGAUAUUGAUGAAGAAAUUGAAGCCGAGUACAACAUUUUGAAAGCUCUCUCUGAUCAUCCCAACGUAGUCAAGUUCUAUGGAAUGUACUACAAGAAAGAUGUGAAGAAUGGAGACCAACUUUGGCUGGUUCUUGAGCUAUGCAAUGGAGGAUCUGUGACUGAUCUGGUGAAAGGAUUUUUGAAGAGAGGUGAAAGGAUGGAUGAACUUGUAAUUGCUUAUAUUUUACAUGAAGCUCUUAUGGGGCUUCAGCAUUUGCAUGAAAACAAAACCAUCCACCGUGAUGUAAAAGGAAAUAAUAUCCUAUUGACCAGUGAAGGAGGAGUUAAACUUGUGGAUUUUGGUGUGUCUGCUCAGCUGACCAGCACUCAUCUCCGUCGGAACACGUCUGUGGGCACCCCUUUUUGGAUGGCUCCAGAGGUCAUUGCAUGUGAGCAGCAGCUAGACAGCUCCUAUGAUGCCAGAUGCGAUGCAUGGUCGCUGGGUAUCACUGCCAUAGAGCUGGGAGAUGGAGAUCCACCUCUUGCUGACUUGCAUCCUAUGAGAGCUCUUUUCAAAAUACCAAGAAAUCCACCUCCAACAUUACGCCAACCGGAGCUGUGGUCAUCGCAGUUCAACGACUUUAUUAACAAGUGCUUGACUAAAGAUUACGAGAAGCGCCCGACAAUAUCUGAUCUUUUGCAGCAUAACUUCAUUAAGCAAAUCGAGUGCAAGGAGAAAGCAUUACAGAAGCAGCUUAUGGAAUUUAUUGAUGUUCAUCAACAAAUGGGAGUCGUUGAAAAGGCAAGGCUGCUGCCAGGACACAGCUACUAUAGAUUUGAGCGAAUUCAUACUAAGAAAGGGGACUACGGUAAGUCUCUAGCCUCAGACCAGGAGGACGUAGAUGAUUUAGCAACCUUGGAGGUACUGGAUGAGAAUUCAGUAACGGAGCAGUUGCAGAAGAGCUAUGCCAGGGAUCAGAUCUACACAUAUGUAGGAGACAUUCUCAUCGCUGUCAAUCCAUUUAGGAACUUAGACCUUUAUUCUGCACAGGUGUGA